GAGUCAUUGAUUGUGUUUCACGACAGAGGCUCGGAGUAAACAUGGCGCCUGCCAAACUCUGAGGAAUCACUCUGGCAAAUACAAACGGGAAAAUAUCGAAAUUGUACAUAUUUUACCGGCUUUUUAAAUUUUAUUUUACAUCUUUCUAUUUGUUUUUUUAUAAUGGCACAGGACAUAAACUUGUUGUUUCUAAAAUACAAGCUCAGGAGGCUGUAAGCCAACACCAACCAUCAUUAUUAUUAUUGUUAUUAUUAUUAUUAAUAUUAUUAUCAAAAUGCCGCUUUUCAAGAGGAAAUCAGGAAACGUUUCCAAUUCCUGGUUUCAUUUUGCCAAAGCUAAACCACUGCCGCCUGAUCGAAGGAGCUGGGCUGGAGACACACCAUCGCUUUCGAAUGGGAAGGCCUCUGCCAAUGGUUCUACGACCCGCAAUGGACGGUGUAAUGAGGAAGCUGGUUUCUCCCCAGAUAGAUCCAACCGGCCUCAGUCUUUGUUGCUAAAUUCUGAAUUAAUCAAAGAACUUGCAGAUUCAGGUGUAAGUAACUCUCAGAUAGAAUCACCAAUGCGGACAUCAUCGCGACUUUCCAAGACACUUUUAGAAAUCCUCCAUGAUAAAGAGGCCCUUCCGUCUUUUAUUAGUUUCAUGGAAUCACAGAAUGCCGGUCAGUAUGUUCGGUUUUGGCUGGAUGCAAAGAGUUUCCAAACAGCUGCCUGGACUCGUAUACGAACCCAUUCCUUGAAUGCCCUGGCUAAAAGCUCCCUAACCGAAGUUUCUCUGGCUGGAAGCACGUCGUCACCCAGCCGUUCUUUGUCAUCGUCGUCUUCUCCAGCAGAAGUGUUCACAGAAGCAGAAACAACCCUUGCUCCUGCGACAUCCAAUGCAACUUCUAUUCUCUCACCCUCUUUCCUGUCUUCAUCUGCUAUGACUGACAAGACACCAGCUGGAGAAACCAAUCCCACAUGCCGCCCUCUAGCUUCAGACACCUGCAAUCGUUUGCAUGACAAUCAGUGCCAAGUCAAUCCACCGAGUUCUCUCCCUUCGGCUUUCUCUUCAACUCCACCACUUACCACCACGACGACGGCGACCUCUUUGUCGUCCACCUCAUCUUCUCCCAGCUAUUCUUCGCCGUGCGCUGCCGACAGUAGACUUUUCCCGAGUGCAGACAUGGUGGAGGAGCAAGGUCUUCCAGGAUCUUUAACAAGUGAUAAAGACAGAACAUUGAUAAACAGCUCAAACAAACACACAGACUCUGAUAAGAGCUCACAUCUGGGAGCUUCUCAGCUUCCAGACACACAAUUAUCAAAUUCUUCUGUGGUUAACGAUGCCAGUGGGGCCACUGCAAAAGACAAUUGCCAGGAUGUAAAGUUAGGACAAAUUACCAAAGAUGAUGGUAAAAAGGAGGAAUGUACAGACAACAGCAGUUCCGACAGGCAGGUCAACAAAUUAGGAACUAAACUACUUAGCAGUAUAGAAAAGGAUGCUGUUAGCAUCUACGUGAAAUAUAUCUCUCUUGAUGCCACUCAUUCAAUCAAAAUCAAUGAUGCUUUACGCAAUGAGACAACCAGUAAAAUUUGUCAGGAAGUGGGCAAAGUUGAUCCAGAAUGUUUUGUGGCAUGUCAAGACUACGUUUUAGAAGUCAUGAAGAGAGAUUACUAUACUGAUUUCCUGCACAGUGUCUACCACUGCAAACAUCAGAUUGAUGUUCUGACAAGUGGCAAAGUCUACCUUGCUGACAUCUUACACAACGAUACUGCUAUUUUCUACUUCAUGGAGUUCAUGGAACAAGAAGGAGCAGUGCCAUUGUUUCAGUUCUGGAUGGCUGCUGAGAACUUCCAGCAACACCUGUCGCUGGCAAUGGGUUGCUAUGAUGGUUUACAGGCACAAGAAGAUGCUAUGGUUCUUUACGACAAGUAUUUCUCCUUGCAAGCUACAGAACCAUUGGGCUUUGACGAUACAAUUCGGUUGGAAGUUGAAAGUAACAUCUGUCGGGAAGGUGGGCCCCUGCCAGACUGCUUUGCGAAACCUAAAAACUUGGUGCUUCGUGUCAUAGAAAAAAUCCACUUCCCAAGCUUCCUUCAAGGUGAUCUCUACUACAAAUAUCUUUCGGAGCUUAUCAAUACUGUCCAAUUAGCGCAUGAUCUGCCUCAGAAAGUCAGGCGACGCUUAGGCAGUGAUGCUUCAUCUGAGCACAGUAUUGGCAGUCAAAGCACUGGAACAGAAAGUAUUAGCUCUCGUAACACACUCCUGGCCGCAGACACUAGUCAUUUCAAGAAAGCGUUCAAUAAAAUUGAUGUUGAUAUGCGUAUAGAUACAAUCCUUUUGAAUCCAGAUGCUCUCUGGAAGAGGAAUAACACAGGGAAAAUGUCCUUCGGUCGGAUAAACAAUCUUGGCCAGUUCGUGUCAGAGUAUGACCCUGAGCCAGAACAUGACAAAAAGAAAGGUUCAAUGUUCUUCAGAAAACGAAAAGAUCGAGAAAAGGAACAAGAAGAUAUGGCAGUCCAG